UAUAGCCAUCCAGUUUGUUCUCAGCGACGAGUUCAACAAUCUACGUCCUGAGCAGCGUCAGGGUUUACUGCAUGAAGGUACUGGUCCAAGGGUCAUUUCUGCCUUUGUCGAGAUCAUCUUUGAGAACAGCGACAACAGGAUUCCUAUUGAAAAAGAAGAGGUGACCUUGCGUCGUGUCAUUGGAUCUAAGAAAGAUCAGUAUUUCUUGGACAAGAAAAUGGUCACAAAAACUGAUGUAAUGAAUUUGCUGGAGAGUGCAGGAUUUUCCAGGAGUAAUCCUUAUUACGUGGUCAAACAAGGAAAGAUUAACCAGAUGGCUACGGCCCCAGAUUCUCAGCGUCUUAAACUAUUGAGAGAAGUGGCUGGUACCAGAGUCUAUGAUGAAAGAAAGGCAGAGAGUCAAACAAUUCUCAAAGAAACAGAGGGUAAAAGAGAAAAGAUUCAAGAUUUGUUGAAGUACAUUGAGGAAAGACUACAGACACUGGAGGAAGAGAAGGAAGAACUCAAGCAGUAUCAGAAAUGGGAUAAGAUGAGGAGAUCCCUUGAGUAUACUAUUCACAACCAGGAACUCAUGGACACAAGGAAGAAACUUGAAGAUCUUGCCAAUAAACGUGAGAAUAGUGGAGAGAUGACUAAACACAUCAGAGAUGCUCAAGAGGAAGCUUCUAAAAGGAUCAAGACAAUCAACAAGGAACUUCGGGAGUUGAAAGGUCGGUUGAGGACAGCCAAUGAAGAGAGAGAUCACUUGACCAAUGAGAGACAAGAUCUUUUCAAACGCCGUGCCAAGCUUGAAUUAUCCGUCAAGGAUCUGCAGGAAGAGGUCAAGGGUGAUGUGGAUGCAAAGGGUCGUAUUGAGAUCCAACUUGAAAAGUUAGACACUGAGAUAGGUGGUAAACAAGGCGAGCUAGAAGCCAUAAUGCCACGCUAUGAAGAUCUCCAACGUAAGGAAGAGCAGUGUACAGCCAGAUUACAGCAAUGUGAGCAGCGCCGUACAGAGCUCUUUGCCAAACAAGGUCGAGGAAACCAGUUUACCACAAGAGAAGAUAGGGAUAAAUGGAUACGCAAGGAACUGAAAUCUCUUAACAAGUCCAUCAAGGACAAAGAAGAACAGAUCUCCAGGCUGCAUGAUGACAUUGCCUCUGACAUCCGUAAAAAUGAAGAUCUUGAGGGAAGAAUGGCCAAACUGAACAUCGAUAUUGAGCAGAUGAAGGACACGGUUGAAGGUUCUAAUAGGAGUCACUAUGACCUCAAGAAACGAAAAGAUGACCUUCAGAAUGAGCGCAAUGCUCUAUGGAGACAGGAGAACAGUAUUCAGCAAGAGAUUGCCACAACCAGGGAAGAACUACACAAGAAAGAACAGACCCUUCGAUCUAUGAUCGGAAAGGCCGUACUACGUGGUAUUGACAGCAUCAAGCGAGUCCUGGAUAACUUCCGUGAGAAGAACAUCCAUCGAGAUGUCCAGGAAGGCUACCACGGAGUCUUGAUUGAAAACUUCUCCUGCGCUUCACGCUUUAACACCUGUGUGGAGGUCACUGCUGGCAGCAGAUUGUUCUACCACAUUGUGGAUACGGAUAUGAUCAGUACGAAGAUUCUAUCAGAGAUGAACAAACAGAAGAUGCCCGGUGAAGUGACCUUCAUGCCUCUCAAUCGCUUGGAGGUCCGAGAUACUGUCUACCCAGAAUCACCAGAUGCUCUUCCGAUGGUUUCCAACCUGGAGUAUGAAGAUACACUCGCUAAUGUCUACAAGCAUGUCUUUGGAAAGACCCUGAUCUGUCGUAACAUUGAGGUGGCUACCAGCUUUUCUCGAACCCAGAACCUUGAUUGUGUCACCUUAGAAGGUGAUCAAGUUAGUCGCAAGGGAGCCAUCACAGGAGGCUACUACGACACACGUAAAUCUCGAUUGGAGCUUCAAAGUGGCAUUGUGGAGCUGAGAACUCGGUUGAGUAACCAGGAGCAGGAGUACAAGGAACUGAGAGACAAGCUUCAGAAGGUGGAGGUUGACAUUACAAGUCUCAUGAGUGACAUGCAGAAGAUAGAGACCAAGAAUAGAAAGAACAAGGACAUCUACGACAAGAUGCGAAGUGACAUGAGAAUCAUGAAGGAAGAGAGUCAGGUCAUCCAGAAAUCGAUGGCACCCAAGGAAAGACGUCAGCAGAGUCUGAAUACCAACCUGGAGGCCAUGCGUAGUACGGCAUCGUCACUGGAAGAGGAAAUUGGUACUGAUUUACUUUCCCAGCUGAGCAUGGGUGACCAGAGAGAGGUUGACAGUUUAAAUGAUGAGAUUAAAGACUUGAAUCAGCAGAACAAGAAAGCCCUUGCUGAACGAGUCAAGCUUGAAGGACAGAAGAAUAAGAUUGAAAACUACCUUUCUGGGAACCUGAAUAGGAAACGAGAACAGCACAUGCAGGAGUUACAAGAAAUCUCAGUUGAAGAUCGUCGUCAGAAGCUUGAGAAUAAUACAAUGGAGAUGCAGACUGCUGAAACGGCCAUUGAUACCAAUAAGGCAAGGCUAGAAGACAUCGAUGCACAGUUGGAAGGAUUGAAUCGGGAACAGAGCAGUAAACAAGGUGACUUGGAAGAAUGGAAAAGCAAGGAAAGAGAAUUCGGUGAUAAAAUCCAAGAUGAUGCCAAGAUGCUGGAGAAGAUGACCAAUAAACAGAGUUUGCUCCUCAAAAAGAAAGAAGAAUGUAUGCGUAAGAUCCGAGAGCUAGGAUCCCUGCCCAGCGAUGCCUUUGAGAAGUACACCCACCUCUCCCUCAAGGCUCUGUUCAGGAAGCUUGAACAGUGUAACCAAGAGCUCAAGAAAUACAGCCACGUCAACAAGAAGGCCCUCGACCAGUUUGUCAACUUCUCAGAUCAGAAGGAAAAGCUCAUCAAACGCAAGGAUGAGUUGGACAGUGGUCAUGCUGCAAUUACUGACCUGAUGAAUGUCCUUGAACUGCGUAAAUAUGAAGCCAUCCAGCUCACCUUCAAGCAGGUGUCCAAGUACUUCAGUGAAGUCUUUGAGAAGUUGGUACCUGGAGGAAAAGCCACACUCGUCAUGAAGAAAGGAGACUAUGAAACAUCUCAAGAGCUUGAGAGUGAAGGACCAUCUGGAUCAAGUGGACUUCCAUUGGUAGAACAGUUUACAGGCGUUGGCAUCAAGGUUUCAUUUUCUGGUAAAGCUGGUGAGACUCGUGAGAUGCAGCAACUGUCAGGUGGUCAGAAGUCCCUCGUAGCCCUUACUCUAAUCUUUGCCAUCCAGAAAUGUGAUCCUGCUCCCUUCUACCUCUUUGAUGAGAUUGACUCGGCUCUAGAUGCCAUGCAUAGGAAAGCAGUGGCUGAUAUGAUCCAUGAGCUUGCAGCUAAUGCUCAAUUCAUCACAACAACCUUCAGGCCAGAGUUACUGGAAUCAGCAGACAAGUUCUAUGGUGUCAAGUUUAGGAAUAAGGUUAGCCACAUUGAUGUCAUCAGCAAGGAUCAAGCGCAGGAUUUCCUUGAAGACGAUGUCGCCCACACCUAAUCACUCCAGACUCACUCUACAAACUCAUAGUUUAUUCCUUGUAGUUUAUUCCUUUGUAUCAUUCAGCUCACACUGUAAAUAUGAAACCUCACUUUUUUCUUGUAAUCAUCCCAGUACCAUCAUUGUAAUUAAAUUUUUGCUGAUACUUUAUGAAAACAGACAACCAUUAAAGAUCAGUUAUUUUGAAGUAACAUUCCAAAUAUAGCAUGUGUGAUGCAUUGAAAGCUCUCUGAAAAUACGGAUUCUGUCGAUCAAGAAUGCCAUCUUGACAAACUUUAUGUUUAAAAAUUUCAUGAAAAACACAAUUGCCCGAAAUAAAGGGUUGAAAAAUUUGGAGAAAAGACUAGAUUGAAAGUAAGCAUUAUGAAUUAUGCUGUCUGAUAUUGAUUGUUUGUGGUAAACUAGUAGUAGCUAACACAUGUCCAUAUUUGACAGUGGUGUGAAGCAACUUCUUAUAUUGGACAACUCUAAAAGAAAAGACACUGAGCCUGAUCAAUCAAUUGAAGACAAGUUACAUGUGAAUUGUCAUAUCAAGUACAACUGUGCUUGAACAAUCGCGUAAGUUGUGUACGGUAUACCAUUUGGAAAGUCCUAGAAAGGACCGAGAAAAGUGGAUAGAUGUAGAAGUGAAAUGGAGAAACAAGACAAUUAAGGUUAGAAGAUAGAGAAGAUUCUCUACUUUGUAACCUCCACUUUCUCGCCUAUCCAUUCCAAUUCUACGUCUAUCCACUUUUCUUAGUUCUUCCCAAGACUUUAUGCAUGGCGUACCUUUAACCACUUCUGCGAUUGUCCAUAUCACCAUGCAAACCUUCAGACAUCACUUGGGCUUGGAUUAUUUUAUUACUUUUUUUGGUAGGAAAAAGUUAUUUGUACACCAAGAAGUGUGUUUUUUUUACUGUUAUUUAGUAUGUGUAGAUUUAUAAUGGUCUCUGUAAAUAUAAAUCAGUGUUUUCAAGUAUUGGUAGAUUUCAUGGCCCAUGGUUUGAUAUAUUGAAGUAAGUGUCAUCGUACCUGAAGCAUUUUUACAGGUAUAGGAAAGGAAUUUUGGAUGUUAAUGUAAAAAACAAUGAUUAAUGUAUGUAGAAAACAAUGUGAUAGGGCUUAUAGGACUUUGUUUAUCAUUUGAUCAUUCAUACUAAACUGUUGAGUAUGAUUAUGUAAAAAAAAUACUGUUCAAUCUCUUACUAUGUUAUAUACAAUGUUUUAGGUAGUGAAACAUUAAUCAAGUAAUUAUUGUAAGCCCCCCCCCCACACACAAAAAGUCCAAAAAAAUUUAAACAUGUAUUCUCUGAAUGCUCUUCCAAAAGAUAUUCAGUUCUCACAAAUUAAUAGCAAAAUUGGGAAGAGUAAUUCUUCACAAAUUGGCAAUUAUGUUCUGAAAAGAUUUACUUUUAAUAAAUUGAUCUGUAUAUAGGAAUCACUGGUUCAGAUUAUUUGAUGACUGGUGUAAUUAUUAAUAUUAGGCCUACUCAUUUGGCUGAUUUACCUCCCAUAUUUAUCUCCUUUUCAAAUUUUUGGACUUUUUUGCAACUCAAUAUUCAUAUGUUUCAUUAAAAACUUAGUGUAGAUCGUUGGUGCUCUGUGAUUUUGGUAUCUAUGAAUAGCUGACAAUGUGAGCAGUCUUUAUUAUUACAAAGCAACCCAAUAGAUUUAAAAUGUUUGGAAAUCAGUUGCAAUUCUCAUAAAAAUACACAAUAUAUAAUUGUACAAAAUUUUACGCAUUGUAUGUUUAUUUGGUUACCAUGGUAAUGCAUCAAAUGAGAUUCCAUUCUAAAAUUAAGCUCACAGUAAUCUCCGAUAUUCCAAAAGAGUAAGUGAUGCUGCUUUGGGUACCUUAACGUCUGACCCGGCGACAAUUGCUCCAGUGGAUAAUCUGCAUGCUAAGCCAAACCUAAAACCUAACCUCCCCCCAAAAAAUAAACCCUAAUAUUUAUCUAUACCUUAUUCUGAAUCAAAAACUCUAUACUAUCCUAACUCUAACCCUAUGCCCUCUGAGAUAUUCAAAUGUCGCAGGAGCAUAUGUCGUGUCACCGCUGCUUUGUCCUGUCAUUUGCCAUGUGCUCUUCUGGCACAAGCCAUUGUAACUUUGGAAGAUGUCCCAUGGAAAUAUUGUAAAUAUUCACUUGUUAUUGUGCGAGUUCUGUCCGUCUAUUUUAUAGAAAUGUUUGAAAGCUGAUGCUUAUGGUUCUAAGUUGCUAUUAAAUUGCAAAUUUUGUGACAUUAA